GGCUGUGGCGGGUGAAGCAGGAGGGCUGAAGGAGCCAAACCCUUAGGCAAGAGCUCCACAAUCCCUGCUGCCUCCCUGCCUUGGAUCAAGGCUCUCCUUCGGCGCYGCUGGCAUGAGGAAGGAGGCGGAAAGCUGCGCCGGUUCUGGGUUGCGCAACACCACCGAGCAAAGCCAACCCAAAGCCUCCCUCUCUUUCCCCCAUGUUCCACUAUCCCUCUCCUUGCCUGGGAGCCGGUUUAGUUUGCUGUAGCAAACCUGGGGCCUGACCCACACAAUUUUUUCGUUUAUUUUUCUGCCUAGCUGCUGCUUUUCUCCGGGCCCGAGGCGAAGGGGCUCGUUUUGCUMAGCAGCAUUGUCAGUUGUGUCAGGAUUCCUUUCCUCGAGGUGAAGAAGUGCAGGAGCGUGUGCUUGCCGGAGAGCUCGGACUUCAAUUUUGAAACCAGCUGUUUCCGUGCCUCGUCUUAGUCUGGAGCUUCGGGCUUUCAAUUUGGAUAAUCUGGCGCUAUGCAUCCAGCCCCUGGGCGCUUCCAGGCACUGCUCCUCAUCACUGCUGCCAGCCUGGUCACUGCCACCAGCACAGAUUUAACUCCCCGCUUUAUUUCCGAGCCCUUGUCUACUGUCCAGAAGUCCGGUGAGCCCGUCCAGCUCCACUGCUCGGCCGAACCCUCCACAGCUCGCCUUUCUUGGCUGUUUAAUGGGGAGCCUGUGGUCAGCAGGGUGGGAGAAGUGGAAAUGCAGUCGGGAUCUUUGACAAUCACGUCGCUGAGCGCGGCGACGUGCGGGCGCUAUCAGUGCGUGGCGAGCAGCAGCGUGGGUGCUGUGCUGAGCCAACCUGCCAUCGUGUCCAUGGGCAGUUUAGCUGACUUUGAUGAUGCUUCGGUGGCGGCCRCUGUUGUGGCGGAGGAAGGAGGCACGGCUCUCAUCGGGUGCAAGGUGCCAGAAAGUCACCCCAAAGCACAGGUUCGCUUCCAAGUGCGGGGGAAAUGGCUGGAACAAUCAACAGACAACUACCUAAUUCUUCCAUCUGGAAACCUGCAAAUUUUGAAUGUAUCUUCAGAAGACAAAGGAUCCUACAAGUGUGCAGUGUACAACCCAGUUACUCACGAGCUCCGAGUGGAACUCACUGGACRGAAGCUCACAGUCACACGCCCUUCCUCAGGUGGCCCCCACAUCCUUCACCCCGUGGCUCCUCAGAGGCUGGCAGUGCCCCAGCACAGUGGCCUGACUCUGGAGUGUGUGGUCAGCGGGUCAGCUCCGGCCGCRGUGCGCUGGCUCAAGGACRGCCGGGAUGYGCUGAGSASGGGCAGCUGGAGGCUGCUGCAYUCUCACCUGGUCACCGACAGGCUCGAAGUGUCAGACGCUGGAAAUUACUCCUGUGUGGUGGGAAUCGACUCUGGAACAGUGAAAUAUGUUAACUAUUCGCUUACUGUGCUCGAACCUGCCUCUCUCUCCAGGGGGCUGCAGGACGAGACUGUGGUGGCCGGAGCGAGUGUCCAUUUGUGGUGUGAUGCUCAUGGCAGCCCUGCUCCCAGCCUCACGUGGCUCCACAACGCAGCUCCUCUCCGUCCCUCCCCACGACAUUGGCCCUCGGGGAACCACCUGCGGAUCUGUGGGGUCACCCUGGAGGAUUCRGGCUUGUACCAGUGCGUGGCCAGCAAUGGGAUUGGCUUUGUGCAGUCCACGGGGAGACUCCGUGUCCAGCCAGGCAGAGGCUCUGUCCCCAUCAUCAUCUCCCCCCCAGCGAACACCACCGUGGUGGCCGGCGGGGACGUGACCCUGUCCUGCAACGCCACCGGCCUGCCCGCCCCCCUGAUCCGCUGGUACGACAGCAGGGGCCUCGAGAUCAGCCCCCCUGCCCUGGGGCUCCAUCCYAGAGCUGAGCAGCCUCCCCUGGCAGGGACAGAGCCCCGCUGUCCCUCGGUGCCGCGGGCGGGCUGGAGCUCCCUGCGCCUGCGGAAUGUCACUGCCCAGCACGCCGGGGAGCUCCGCUGCCAAGCCAGCAACCAGCACGGCUCUGCCCUGGCCACUGCCUUCCUCACAGUCGUUCCUCGGGUGCCUGGCACGGGAGCAGCAGAAACAGCUCAUCCAGAGCUUGCCCAGCGCCAGGAGAGUGGUGACUCCAGCCUGGGAGCGGCGUUCCCGAGCUCAGCACCCACCAAAGCGCCGCUGGACAGCGAGAGAGCUCCGGGUGUGGCCGGGCCGCCCGAGGCCCCCAUCAUCCUGAGCCCACCACAAACCCCCAAACCGGACACCUACAGCCUGGUGUGGAGACCGGGACGCGCYGGGGGCCUGCCCAUCAACGCCUACUUUGUCAAAUACAGAAAGCUGGAGGAUGGCGUGAGCGCGGCGGGCGGCUGGCACACGGUGCGUGUGCCCGGCAGCGAGAACGAGCUGCGCCUCACYGAGCUGGAGCCCUCCAGCCUCUACGAGGUGCUGAUGGUGGCCAGGAGCGCUGCUGGCGAGGGCCAGCCRGCCAUGCUGACCUUCCGCACCAGCAAGGAAAGAGCAUCAUCCUCGAAAAACACCCAGGCUCCAUCUCCACCCGUAGGAAUCCCCAAACAUCCCAUUGUUCAUGAAGGCACAAAUAAUUUCGGUGUCGUCCUUCCGGACCUGUCUCGCCACAGUGGAGUUCCAGAAGCUCCUGACCGACCCACRAUAUCCACGGCGUCGGAAUCAUCUGUUUAUGUCACAUGGAUCCCCCGUGCCAACGGGGGCUCCCCCAUCACUGCYUUCAAGGUGGAGUACAAGCGCCUGGGUCGCAACAGUGACUGGCUCGUUGCAGCUGACAACAUCUCUCCCUCCAAACUGUCCGUGGAAGUUCGCAACUUGGAGCCAGGAGAAAUGUACAGGUUCCGAGUGAUCGCGGUGAACAACUACGGCGAGAGCCCGCGGAGCGCGGCGUCGCGGCCGUACCAGGUGGCCGGCUUCAGCAGCCGCUUCUCCAGCCGGCCCAUCGCGGGGCCGCACAUCGCCUACACCGAGGCCAUCAGCGACACGCAGAUCAUGCUCAAAUGGACGUACAUUACAUCAAGCAACAACAACACACCCAUCCAAGGAUUUUAUAUCUAUUACCGRCCCACRGACAGYGACAAYGACAGUGACUACAAGAGGGACAUCGUGGACGGUACAAAGCAGUGGCACCUGAUAAAUCACCUGCAGCCUGAAACCUCGUACGACAUCAAGAUGCAGUGCUACAAUGAGGGYGGGGAGAGCGAGUACAGCAACGUGAUGAUCUGUGAGACCAAAGUGAAACGCACGCCGGGAGCUUCCGAAUAUCCCGUGAGAGACCUGAGCACACCACCGAGCCCYCCYGAGCGGGCRGGGGGCAGCGGGGCCGGGCCGGCCAGCGGCCCCGUGCGCAGCAGUGACAUGCUCUACCUGAUUGUGGGCUGUGUCCUGGGYGUCAUGGUGCUCAUCCUCAUCGUCUUCAUCGCCAUGUGCCUGUGGAAGAACCGGCAGCAGAACGCCAUGCAGAAAUACGACCCUCCUGGCUACCUCUACCAAGGGGCAGAUCUCAAUGGGCAAAUGAUGGAGUACACGACCUUACCCGGGACGAGCCGGGUCAACGGCAGCAUCCACGGCAACUUCCUCAGCAAUGGCCUCAGCAAYGGCUGUCCCCACGUCCACCACAAAGUCAGCAACGGUGUCAACGGGAUCAUGAGCGGAGGAGGAGCAGGGCUGUACCCAGGGCACACCAACUCCCUGUCCAGGACACACGUGGACUAUGAACACCCCCAUCACCUCGUGAACGGUGGCGGGAUGUACACGGCGGUGCCACAGGCUGACCCCUCGGAGUGCAUCARCUGCCGGAACUGUCGGAACAAUAACAGGUGUUUCACCAAAACCAACGGCACUUUCAGCAGCAGCGCACUGCCCGUGGUGCCCCUCGGAGCCCCUUUCCAGCAGGACGGUGUGGAGAUGAAGCCCCUGAGCCCCCAUGUGAUGGUGGCCAUGUGCCUGGCCUCGGCCAGCCCCGAGUGCAGCCCCCGGCUGGAGGAGAGCGGCGGGGAGAGCACGGAGCAGCCCCCAGCCCAGCACCCCUGCUGCCGGGAGAGCCUCAGCCGGCUCUCCGUGGAUUGCACGGACGGCGGCAGCUGCGUGCACUCGGAAACGUCGAACCACAUUUUGAGUUGGAGUCCCCUCAUUCUGCAGCCUGUUUCCAAGGACUGUAAGGAAAAACCAGGAUGGAGUUCAUCCGGAGUCACCCUAAAUGGUUCUGGGGACCUUCGUCAGCUCCAGCUGCGGGAAACCUGAGGAAGUGACCGUUGUCCCCAYUUAACGCCGGGAACUGCACCGCAGCAUCGCUGAGAGGGAGUGACGGGGGGAUGUUAAUUAUAACAGAGAGAGUCACUAUUUAUUUUUUGUAGUAGUGUCAUAUGAAUGUAUCUUGGUUUCAAAAUGGUUGCCUUUUUAUAUUAUUUAUGCCUUGAAAUCCCUUUUUUUUGUUGGUUUUUUUUUUCUUCCCCCACACACCGCAAAACUAGCCUGGUUAUGUGUAUAAAAAAAAAGAAUUGUAAUAAUAUAAAGAAUGAGGAUGGGAAAUGUGGAGUGUGUUUCCGUGGCAAUUUACCAGUGGGAGAAGCACUUCUGAGGAGCCUGAGAGAGGGAUUUAAGCAGGUCUGAAAUGACCAACGGCUGCCAYCUCCCUGGCAGCUCAGUGACAUGGUACUCAAACCUUCUUUCCAUGAACACCUCCUGGCCUCUUUCGAUUUCUCUGGGAAGAUCCCGAUGAGGAAAUAAGAAGAUUAAUAAGAAAAAUGAGCCUCUGUGCUGUGCAGCUUGAAGCAGAACAGUGACUGUGUCCUUGGAUGCUCAAUAACCCUUGUAUCUGCAGAAGUGCAGGUGGAAAUCCAGCCUGUCUCACUGUUCUACUCGCAGAAGACAAAAUCCAGCUCAACUCUUGGUUUGAGRGAUUAUGAACAGCUCGGACAGCUCUGAAAUGAAGCCAGUCACGGCGAAACAGCCCSCACCAGCCCUGGGCACGGCUGUCUGGAACCCGUCCCUCCCGGACACRGCAUGACAGAGGUGCUGCAACCUUAACUGCRGGGCUCCGGUGGGUGUUUCAAYGUUUCCUUUCCAAAUUUAAUCCCASUAAAUCACCCAAACCAGCGCUUGCAGAGCACUCCCUCCCCCCACACGUGUCGCGAUGCAAAGCCCCAGAAAUGAAGCACAUAACUCGGGGGUCUGGGCGCCCCGAGGUGACACAUGUGCAGCCCAGAGCAGCGUGUUCCUGGCCGGUCUGGGAAGGCAGGGAUCCGUG